AUGCCGCCCCACCGCCGGAUCCGGCCUCUCCCUCGCCGCAUCCGGCGGUCCCUGGGCCGGAUCUGCGCGCUGGGCCAGCGCGCCGGGGGUUUGGGGCCCAUGGCCACGCCACCGUCUUGGGUUCGGGGCCCCCUGGCCAAGCCGCCGCCGCCGCCGGGGGGUUGCCGCCGCGCUGCGCUCCGGUGGUUGGGGGACCCCUGGCCGCCGUCGCGGGGGUUCGGGCCCCUGGCCGCGCCGCCGCGGGGGCUGUCGCCGCGCCGCGCUCCAGUGGUUGGGGGCCCCUGGCCGCGCCGCCGCUCGCUCGGGGCGGUCCUCCUCUCGCGCCGCCACCUGGUGGUGGCUGGGGGCCGCGGCUGCGCCGCCGCUCGCCUUGGAGGCCGGCCGUCGGCACCCAUCCCCAUGCGCGGGCUAUACGCCUAG